UUCAGAGGAGCACAAAAUCAAUGUUGGGCUUCUAUUGGGAAUAGCCCUGGAACCCAUUAGCAACUUUGACCAAUAGGUCAGGUAAAGUAAUAGCUAGAUAAAUGUUUUAUUACAGAUUUGCAAACGGACUUAAUGGGGGGGCCAGUACCUGUGCAGCCAUGCAUGGCAAAUAUUCAUCAUUAGAUUCGUUUGCUGUAAUGAACACAAAUCUCUCAGUGGCCAGGCCUCUGGUUCUUUAUGUAUGAUCUGUUAAAGGUGGCUAUCGGGGGAGACAAAAGGCUGCCUGUUUGGUCCUCUGGAGGUUUACAGCAGCUACUGUAACAAUAUGAAGAUGCUAUGACUCUAAAUAAAUGGGUUGUUAUACUAAUGACAUCACAUAUGGAUUAGACCUGUUUUAUCAUCGUACAUCUUAUAAAAUAAAUGGCAUUGGUAUCAGUGAGAGCUUAUAAACUGUUGCUACAGUUGUGUCCUUUUUAAUGCUAAUUUUAUUAUUGUAUCUGUCAGGUUUUAACCAGUAAUAUUUAUGCUUUGAUUAUGACUACUAAAGAGGUCCUGUGUUGCAAAUAUAACCCUGUCUGUUUGUUUUUGGUUUCUACUAAUACUUAUUCACUUUUGCUUUUAAACCACAGACUAUCAGGGAUAGUAAUAGAGAACAUGCUUUGCUUAAAGACCCAAACCUAUGGCAAAUUAUUUAAAGGAGUUUUUGAGACUCACACUGACCUACUACCCUUCUUCCUUCCACAGAUUUAACUAGCGACGUGAAGGAUUAGAGGCCAUUAGGACAAAGCUUAUGAGUUUAUUUUUCCUAUUAGAAUGAUAUUUUUGAUAAAACCCUCUUUAUUUUUAAGAGAUUAAAUACUAUCUGUCUGGAGUUAGUGCCACUGUUUAUCCCUGAGCGAACAUAUGUCCUAUUUAGACAUUUUCUCAGCCCUGUGUUUGCACUGCUCUCGAGUCGUUUCUGUGCUGACCACAGUGCUACUUUUCUGAAUGGAGGCCAGACACACUGAGAGCUCCCACACACUGUGAGGAGCAGCUCCUGUUUCCAGCUCCGUCUCCAAGGGGACCAGCGAUCGCACCAAUCACGUCGCUCGGCGCAGGCAAGCGGGCAAUUCAAUUUCUUAAAGCAGCAGUGACCGUUUUUUCUCAGGGAGGCGUGGUGAGGGGAAGCUGAGCAGAGACAUUUUGAAAACCAGGCAGAGUAAAGCACCUCAACACUGCAGUUCAAAAGUUUUCCUUUUUUUCCUUUUUAUUAAAUGUGAAUUCACAUGUUAGUUUGAGCCCAUCAUUUUCAGAGUAUCCGCCUACGUACAAAAUAGGCAUCAUUCUGUCAUCACAUCCUUUGCAAACGCAACAAAUAACACAUCUGUGUACAUAUAUUCACAAACUGAAAGGACAGUCGAUGGUGGUAGGUACUUAUUUAUUAAAAGAUGAGUCAAAGACAGAUUCACACUCGGAAUGUGAAGUAACUACUGCCUAGAACUUCCAACAAAAUGUCUCGGCAUAUAAUUAGGUCAUAUUCCAAAACCUUUUUAUCAAACAGACUUCAUAUGUAAGACCCACAUAAAAAUAAACAAUAUCUGCUUUUUUUUAAGUGCAAGAAAUAAAAAAUACAGGUUUAUGGUUAAUGUUUUAAAAAAAGAAGGCAGUCUUCAGUUUUAAAAUAAGGUUUCAUUUUAUGAAACAGGACUAUGGAAUGUUCUUUUUUGCUUGCUUGCUUGUUAAACUAAUCCCAGACCACCACUGUAUCAGACUAUGCCCUUUUUCUUUUGCAGUACUCUUCCUUAAUUUCAGUCAGAUUUGAGCUGUUUUGGUGUUGGAUAUGUAUCAAAUAACAUUCAAUUUGUGAUAUCCAUCUAUAGUAUGCAUCACACCAUGAGGCCAUAUUAUAUUGUUUUGUAUCAGUUCCAGCUGAUUUGUUUAUUUUCCUGCCUGGACAGGCUUCAGCAUCAUAACAUGAAAUGAUGUUGACAGUGCACAAGUCUGUUUUUCCAUCACUUGCUACAAUUGUUGAUGGUCUGUAUCUUAAGAGUAUAUAUUGCACAAAAAAAAUGAGAGGGGGGAAAAACAGUAUGUGCCAUAAAAAAUACCAAAAUCCAGUUUCACACCUGCGAUCGGGACCCAUCCACAUAUCACGAGUAUGAUAUACAUAAACUCCUAACUUUACUAUAUUACAGUACAUAUACAAUCUUGAAACUAGUUCCAGCUCUGAGGUAUGUGUUCCCCAUGAUGCCAUUGUAUCGUCUACAAAUACUCAACAAAUCUGCUCUACAACUGUACAAAACCUAGUUUGAAAUCACAAGGCAUUUUUGAUGCAAGUUUUAAUUUAACUUAAUCCUUAAAACCAGGACUCCCUUGCAUGCUAAAAACAAAUGAUAAAGGGAAGAAGUGCCUGAAACUCACUGAAAGCACAGUAAGAACAUUCCCUUUUAACUGUACAAAAAUAUGCCUGAAAAUAUCUUACUUUUCUUUUAAAAAGAUGAGGUCUGUUAUGUAUCAAAAUGUUUCCUCCACACCUGUACUCUGUAGAGGUUUAGGCUGCUUAAUUUUCCAAACCAGGAGGUAAACUGAAUCAGUUACAAAAAACAAACAAACAUUUUGCGGCAUUAAGAAAUUACAUAAACCGUUUGUAAAGUAACAUCCUGAACAAUUGUCAGUUCACAGAUUUGCUUUGAGUCAGUCCACAGUCCGUUUUCAGCUCCCUGCAGUUUUGUUUUUAAGAGGAAAAGAUGCAUAGAAGUUCACGUAUUUUUCCCUUUGUGGUCCGUUUAAGCUGAACUGUAAAAUGCAGACCUAUACGGGGAGGAAAAAAUCCAUAAAACCCUGUCAUGCUGCCAGAAAAAAAAGUCUGCAGACUUUUGCUUUUUUGCUACCAGCUUCAUAAGCAUCUCAUUCCUCAAACCUCACCUCCUCGCCUCCAGGUCCUCCACCUCCUUUACUCCUUCUAGGACCCUUAAAAAAAAACCCACAGGAGGAGGAGGCAGGGCUAGGGACAACUUUGACCAGGACACAUAUAUAAUUUACUUUCUCCCUUCUCUGUUAUUACUAGAGCAACUUUUUUUUUUUGCAGUUCAGUAUGUGAAGACCAGGUCGGAAAAGUUCGCCUCCAGCCAGUCCCCGGCUAUCAUCUCACUGAGUUCUGGCGUGCAAUAGUCUGGGAAUUCAAAGUGAGAGCCCAGGCUGCCCUCACUGAACGAGUCCAGGUCCUUAUCCACAAGAGACAGGGAGAGGUUUCCUGAAUUGGGGUUGCCCAGCUCCGUUCCAGGGGCGCUGGGGGCGAAAUUUAAACUAAAGUCAAACAGCAAAUCGUCCGCGUCCUCCCCGGAAGAAGAGGAGCUGCUGCUGGAGGAGGAAGAGGAGGAGGAUGUGGAGACUGACCUGGAGGAUGCUGGUGAGACAGAAGCAGCGUGAUAUGUGCUCUGCUUGGUAAUGUUUUUGAUAUUGUAAAACAGUCGGUUGUUUUUCCGCACUUCUUCGUACAUGCUCGCGCCCUCGGACUCAGCCGAGGAGCUCAAAGUUGGGCUCGCGGGAACUUUGGCUACAUUGUAUGGCCGCACGCGCUCCUCGUCCCCCGCUUUAUUAAUCCCCAUCCGGUAGUCCUCUUCGUACUCGUCGUCGUCGUCCUCGUCGGUGAGCUCACUUUUCACAGUCUUUGCAACUUUGAAGCUGGGAAACACACAGUCCUCCCCGUAGCCGUGAGAGGUCUUAGAGCCGCUUUUACUAGUCUUUAUCUUUGAGCACUUCUUGUUAGGAGUCUUAGUAAUCUUGCCGCACUUCUCCGGAGACGGUGCUGAUGAUUUUGAACUGUCGAGCUUUGGUUUUUUCUUGGGUCUGUACUUGUAGUCGGGGUAGUCUGCCAUGUGUUUUAGCCGCAGCCGCUCGGCUUCUCUGAUAAACGGGAUCUUUUCACUGUCCUUCAGCAUCUUCCACCUCUUCCCAAGGCGCUUGGAAAUCUCCGCGUUGUGCAUGUCGGGCGACUGUUCCAUAAUCUUUCUCCUCUCGAUUUUGGACCAGACCAUAAAUGCAUUCAUGGGUCUCUUGAUGUGACCGGUGGCUGUCUUGCACCAGUCCGGGUUUAUCGCUACGGGGCUGCAUGCCAUAAAUUCACUCUCCUCCGAGUCUGUAGCCUCCCUGGACAUGCUUCCGUCCGUCUCGCUGUUGUCUGUGUGCUGCACCAUCGUCCCACCGUUUCAAGUCACUUUGUGUCCGGACGCUGCAGUUCUGCCCCCCUUCACUCAGGUCUCUGUGUUUCUGUGCCGGCUGCGUCCGCGUCCUCUGCUUAAUGUAUGUCUCAGGCUCUGCACUCUUUUUCCAGAGUUACAAACUGCCUUCUUAACUAGUUAUCAGCUUUUUCAUGUCCCUUGCGUCACACGCAGCCAUCCAAUCAGGUCCCUUCCACUCCGCCCAGCAGACUCCAUACAAGACUCCCCUUAACCCUUUUUAUUCCUCCCUCCCCUCCCGAGCGCUCAUUGGAGUGGAGGUGGGGAUUUGUGGUACACAGUGUCUGGGGCAACACGCCGGGCGAGACAGGCAUAUUAAACACACAGUUAGCAGUACGCGCUCCUGAGAUGAGCUGUACGCACCAAAGCGCACAUAAGACUUAAAGGUCUUUUCCUUAUUUCAAAAAAAGGGAGAAAAAAUUAGAGGAGACUAUAUUCUUUUCUCCAGACAGACAGCUGCUAUGUGCAGAUGUGUCUGGAGGAAAAAGAUGUAGGCUGUGUGAUUAUUUGCUUUUUCUCCACCCCCUUAGGUUGGAUACUGAAGGUGGCGCUUGGACACUGUUGCAGGCGCCUGGAUGCGUCGGUGCGCCUGCCUGACUGCUUGCCUGCCUGCUGUAGAGGGAUGCAUUUAAGCAGCUGGUAAUGGCUUUAAAGGAAGGCUUUCAUUAACUGUAUUAUAAGCCAAUGCAUUUUUAUCUCUCAGCGACCAAGUGUUAUGAUUUUUUUUUCACAGUGGCACGGCUCCUUUUCUGUUUGUUUCCAUGUCUGCUUUUGGAUGAUGGAAAUAGGUCAGUAGUACAUUCCUGGUUGUAGGUCUUGUUUUGUUUGUGUGAGCACCUAAAACACAUCUGCAGCAUCCCACUGAUACUUAGUCAGGAUUUAGCCCUGAGUAAACACUCAUGGAUACACACACAUGAUAAUUUAAGUUUUAAAUCAUUUCCUAAUCCUGUUUCAUAAACCAAACCUCACAGACUCAUCCUUUUUCGAUCCCUGCACACGUGAAACACUAUAAAGCAUGCAAGCAAAGCAAUAACACUCAUUCAAAUGGCAACAUUUGGCUACGCAGCCUUUAUAUGAGCCCAUACAGCCAGGCAUAGGAUGGAAGGCUCCCUGCUGAGUUUGCUGUGUCAAGAGGCAGUGCAGCAUCUAGCUGGCGUCUCCUGCAACCCCCCCUCCACCCUCCCUCCUUCCCUUCUCCCCACGGCUCUGGGUGGUAGCCAGCAGUGCUAUUGGAGGCUGGGGCGAUAAGGCGUCCUGCUUUUUUUCCCCUCUCUGCUUCGUCCCCUAGAGGGCAAUCACUUACCCUUUUGAAACCCCCUUCCCCCCACCAAGCCACCGUAUUUUCCCCCAGCUGGGGUUUAAGAAGUGUCUGCACUGAUACAGGGAGAAGCGGCUAGAGAAGGCAGAAGAGAGGAGGAGAGCAAGGGGGGAGGACAGAGAGAAAGAGGCACACAGGGGGAAAAACGACAAGCCUUAGGAGACCGAGGGAGAAACGCUGAGAAAUAGAGGGGGAUCUCGGCUUUUUCUAGCCCCCUGUCUGCGUCUCUCUCUUAGACUGAGAUAGGGAUGAAAUGCUUUAUCAUGGCCACCCCGUGCUGAUUAAGCCUUAUCAGAUAUAUGUGUCGGAGCAGGAGUCUCAGGAGGUUGGUGCAUGCACAUGCAUGUUUUACUGUCAGCGUGUCUUUUUUCUGAUGGAUUCAUUUGAGUGGUAUUUGAUCUGAUCAGCACAGACGUGGCUAGAGGUGGUUAUUUCAAAUGAACUGAUGGCGCUGGAUGAUAUAAAGGUGGAAUUUGCAAGCAUAUAUUUGCUUCAUAUCUAUGUGGGAUUCAAGGAAACUGCCCUUGAAUGCAGCAUGUGAAAGUCUAUUAAAGAAAGAGGAGCUAAUUUACACUCUCCUCCUUGUACAAAAACAUCAAACAAUAUACUGAUCACGUAUACCCUUCAAAGUAAAAGCAUCACCUGCAGUUUCCCCAUUUGUCUCCUAUCUAUACAUAUCUCUCCCAAGCCUGCAGCAGCCGGCCUUAUCUCUUCAUAUGACGGUUUCAUGCUGGACAUGAAUCACAAGACGGCUUAAUGAUGAGCGUGCAGGGUGGCUGUCCUGCUCAUUAGCAUGGCUCAUUAUUGGCUGUGAAUGAGGUGCUGGUGUCAGCCCGUUCAGCCUAUAUGAGUCAUCUCAGGGAGGGUCUCAUCGCCAUGUCUGCCUCACACAGAUGUACCCACCUCAGACCCCCUCCUCCUACCCCACCCUGCCUCAUUUAGUCGCUACGACGAUGAUGAGAGAAAGAGAGAGAAAGAAAGAGUUGCGGGAUACCGAAACAUGUUGUGUUUUCAUUUCAUUCUCACUCCAGAGAUUACAUAUGAUUAAACAGCGAAAACCCAGAGAGCUGCAUUAUCACUGUGUGAUUUCUAAUACCAGCCGCUUUCCAAUACCCCCAAGGGCAGAUGUUUUAAUGCUUAUUUGCUGCUUUUUUCGUGCCAAGGGAGAGGACAUUUUUAUUCCAGAGCGAUGGAGUGUUGAAUUAAGUGAUGGUUUUCAUGUAGCAACAUUGAAAGAAGGGUUUCAGGAGGAAAACAAUUCCCUUUUGCAUUGCUUAUCUAAAAGCCCCCCAAAGCAGCUGCUGCUCUCACAAAGGGCCAGUGAAGCGUUAGAUCAAUACUAACCCUGGCUAGAGGCUAUCUGAUGCUCAAAAUGCAUGGAUCCAUCUCCUCUGCAUGGCCCUGAGACAGGUGUGGACUUCUGGAAGCUGCUAUCUGAUGGCUUCACAAUGGGUGAAAAAAAAAAAAGGUGAAGGGGGGGCGAGUGAGUCAGGGGGUUAAAAAGCUAAAGGGGGGGGGGGCACAUAAAAACGCAAAUUAACUUCAAACUUGACAGACACAUUCUUGAGUAUCCUGUGGACUCAAGUUGCAAUGUUUAUUGCCACACUGUGAGUAGGUGUUUUUCCAGCCAAUAUAGUGGAGUCACUUAAUGGUAAUCUGCUGGUAUGCACACAGAGUUGAUGUGGCGCAAGUUUGUGAGUGUUAUAAGGUAAAGCCACCCAUGUCUCUUUACAUACAGAUGUAGAGUUUCAACUCAGGCUGAGGCUGGAGGUGAAAUCAGAUAUCAGCUUAUGAAUCUGAAGAUUUAUGGACUGUAUUUUCUUAGCGAGUAACCGCAGCCCUUUCUGUUGUCUUAACUUGUGAGAUGAUACUAAAACGAGCUAUGUCAGCUGGCCCAGAAUUCGUCUCGCCGGCUGCCUGUCGCUAUAGUCUCAUUCCCCGAAGAUCAUCCUGUCUUCCCCUCUCUCUCUCUCUCCAGAUAAGAAGAGCUUUUGACAAUGAGGAGGAUCUUACAGCAGUUUGGAGGUUGUUGUUUUACCACUUGAGUGUUUGCUGCCUCCAAGGCCAUUUUAUGCCCCCCCAUUGGUGCUUUACAUUCUCGACUCAAUGCAAAUGUAUCUCCAGGGUGUCAGGUUGUUUGUUGACCUCCUUGAUGUGGCCUCUGUCUCUCAAGGUCUGAUGCUUAGCGGAUACUUGAGACUGGAGUAUCUUGUCGUGAAUGUAAACAGCUGAUGCUUGAGUACUGUGCUGGAAUGUUUGUCCCACAGACGAACAAAUGCAAUCAGAGGCCGGAGCUGGAGGUGUCCCCGCGUACACUUGUACUUGCAACAGUCUGCUACUUGUAAACAUUACUCUGUUUUUGCAAAGUCAGGAUUUGUGUCACUUUAACUUGAAAAGUUUCUUAAACUUUUUUUGUUUCUAAAGCAGCAAUGGUAUGAAAGUAACCUUUUUUAAAUUACUGGGUGCAAAGAUUAAAAAUAAUCUAAAGUUUAUUUAUAAAUCAGUUACUGUUUUGAGUCCACAAAAUACUGUAUCUGUGUGUUUCUUCCCGCAUUCUCCCCACAGUCAAAUGUGUCAUAGUCAAAUAAAAGAAAGGCUGUGUCUAUAGUGUGCUGUCAAUUGUCUGUCACCUACCCCCUUGCAGAUUCAGGCAUCAACAGUCUCAGUAAAUAAAUUGUCAGUCUUGUUGCUGGUGGCCUUGUUUGAUGUUGUAGGUCAUUGAGAGGCAUUGGCAUCAGUUUCAGUCUUUUUCCACUAUCGGCUAAAAACUCCUCACAGGGAUUUAAAAAUAUGGUGUGUCGUAUUGGGUGACAUUUGCAGAACAGGUGGUAGAAACAGAAUAUAGUGUUUUUUAAAACUUGUAUGUAACCAGCUAAAAAUGUACAUUGUUUUGUUUCUGUUUACUUAGAAGGGGGUUUUAUAGGGAUGGACUAGGGCUGGGGGAGAAACCAAAAAUUUACAGAUAUAGAAAUUUACGACAAUAACUGAUGUCAUUUUGCCCAUGUCAAUAUAUUCAAUGUAAAAAAAAUAAAUAAAUAAAAGUUGGUUUUGAAUGUGUGAAGGUAGGCCAUGGUCUCAUGUCCCUUUAAGACGCUGUUCUACGUCAGAGACAUGACUCCAUACCAUCCAUCGUAACAAAGAGGGAAAGACAGGUGAGGAGAUAAAGGACGGUUCAAAAGUUGGGGCUAAAGUAGGGGUGAGCAGUUUGUGGAGUAGUUAUCGUCCAUUUAUCGUUAUCGAGGUGAACUGCUCAAUAUAUCCUGAUAUUGAUUUGAGGCCAUAUCGCCCACCCUUAGCAUGGAUCACUUUCCACUUCAUCCACCACAUCAAGCACUUGGUCAGAGAUAAAGAAAGAAGGAAAAUGCAGCUUCUCAUGGUCUUUGGCUUUUACAAUCAUUAUGACACUUAUUUUACUGUUGAUGUUGUGUUGCUGGUCAUAACUAGAGCAAAUCCAGAGCAGCUGUUGUCAACCAGCACUCAUCAGCAAUGAUGAACAAGUCUAUCUCCCACCAUAUAUUCAGUCUUACAGGCUUUUAGUUGCUCAGAAAGAAGGUUCACGUACAAACUAAGGAGUAAAGGUGACAUUAGUUCACUGUGUUGGACCCUGUUCGAGACCGAGAAGGCUGCUGGCAAAGGCCUGCCCUGUCGGGUGUGUAUGGUUUGGUGCAAAUACAAAGAAAUAGAGUAAGAUAAGUUCAGAAAAGGCAAGAUAAAGCAUUUUUUCUCCCACGGUGGGGAAAUUUGCAAUAUUGUCCUUAUUAGAUAAAGAGGAAUCCUUUGCUUUAGUAAUUUUUUGAGCAUUUCCUCAGAUAGAUAUAGCUAAAUAUUCCCAUUUCCCAUAGUCCCACUGUACUUAGCUUGAACAAUUCCAUUUUAUGCAAACCGCAUCAGGCAGCUAAGCAUGUGCAGCAUUUGAGCACAAGACAAAUUUCCCCAAGGGGAGAAUAAAGUGCAUCAUAUUUUAUGAUAUGAUGCACUUACACUUAUAUGAUACAAGUCGUAAAUCCGCUUCAAAUCAUAUUGUAUGACACAUGAAGAAACUCCACAGCAAGGAGAGAUUUCUAACUGAAACAUGAUCUCUUUUCAAUGUAUCAGUAAAACUAAUCACAGAGCACAGAUUUGAGGCUCAUGUGCCAAUGUGACUUCCAUGUCUGAUACUUGUACAUCUGAAUUAACAUGAGCCCCCUCUAAAGAUUAUGUAUAAACGUUGUGCUUGAGUAAGACUAAGUCAGUACAAAAUUGAUGGCCAGCCUAAAAAAGUCAAGAUCUCUUAUUUAGCGUUUGAUACUUUGAGCUUCAGCUUUUAAAACAUUUAUCUGAUUAAAUUCCGAACCCUUUCUACACUCAUGAUAUAACCAAACUGAACAACCUCACCAGUCAACUCUCACCCAUCCACUCCAGUGUGCAUUAAACCCCGAGGGAGACCAUAAACUUUGAGAGAAGUCAGUGUGAGACACGAGGAUCAGUGUGGGUGUAGGACACAUGUAGGUUAGUAACUGAAUACUAUUUCACUAAGGCAAUUACAGCACUUAGGAAGUUGGGAUAUGGGAAUUGGACUUUUAUUAGUGGGCUACAUGUAACCGGUCUUUACACAGGUGACAACUGUUUGAAUUGUGUAAGACAGCGUGAAGAGUAUCCAGCCUCACUUCCUGUCUUUCUCUCUCCAGCACAGACGCUGGCCUACAAAGCAGCGGGAAUCCACAAUGGCCUGGAGGAGAUGACAUCAUCCCUGAGCAACUCUGGCUAACACAGUACAGUGUGUUCUACAGUAAUCAUAUUGCCAUGUCACUCCCCAUAAGCCAGCCAUUUAAAUCCUUUAAUUAUAUAGCAGCAACGUUGAAGCAGUGUUUACUGUAAGAGUCCAGUGUAGCUAGUUGUGUGUUGUACAUUGUGUCUUGUGUUAAUAAACUUGUGGAGGAAGAGCCCUGCAGGCGCUCGCAGCCGCAGUAAUGAGAGUGUGUUUAGUCUGGAGACUGCGUAGGACUAAUGCUGAUGGAUUGUAUGGCUGCAGGUCAGGUCUUGCUUUCAUACAUACUGACUAUGGAAGUAGAAUGUUAAAGUUUUGUUUGCAAGAAUGCUAAACAAAAUAUGUUCUAAUGAGACAUAAAGUUACCAUGUUCACACAAGCUUAAUUCCAACACUAUAUUUGGGAAAUAAGGACACAGGUUGGAUUAAGUGUUAGGAGUAAGAUGGAUCAAUAAAACAGAGUUGUUUUUUAAAGCAAAAACAAUCAGUGUCGAAGGAAUAGAUGUGAUUAUCAAAUUGGAACUUGCUUACUAGCUUUCUAAGAAGUAUAAGAAGGUUCCCGCUGGAGCCAUGUGCUUCUGCUUCUCUGCCGGCCAGCCCAGACUUGCCCCCUAACCAGAUAAGAUAGUGUUGACUACAGGCUACUCAGUGCAGACAGGAGAGGGGCCUCUGCUGCUCUUAAGGGGGGCAGUGUGCUACUUUCCAGAAUGGCUACAACCACUGGCCUUUUACUUUACCUUCAAGAGCAGAUACUUUUUUGAAUUUAUUUAUUUAAAACAGGGACAAUGCACAAACAAAAAAACAAGAAACAAAAAAACAAACAAACAAAAAACGGUUAAAAAGCCAGGUUAUAGCAACAACUACAAAUUCCUGCCUGAAGUCCCUUGAAUCAGGUACAAUGGUUGUUUUUUAAUAACUAGAGUGAUAAAAAAACAAACACAAAACUUAUUUCCUGGAUUAUGCAGUUUGUCAUCCGCUGCUGUAGUAUCCUGUGCUCUCAAGUUUUACUGGUUUAUGAUCUUUGCACCACUAGUCGAAUAGUGACAGUUCAAAGCAGCACGACAAAUUGAGAAUCCAUGCCCCGUGGACAAAUCUCGAGCAGAGCUGUCUGAGGUCUUGAAGGUUUUAUAAUUAGAGAGUAAGAUAACCCAGAAUUAAAGUCAAGGUUUGUUAGUUUUAUUUUGUUCUUGAUGGCUUCCUCACGUCACUUUUAUUGAUGUUUAAGGUUAAUGAAUUCCUGUGAAGUGUCGUUAAAGGGGAAAUAAUGAUUUCAAGGAUGGAUGUAACCCAAAACAAAGAGUAUGACUCACGUAUUAAGCUCUGUGCAUGAUUAUAUCAAUCUUAUCGUCGCUACAUCAGAUAAGUUAUGUUUCAAAUUAGCCACAGGCAUGCUUUUCCAUAAAAUGAUCUGAGAAUCAGUUUUUAUCCGUCAUUUUACUUGAUUUGUUGUAAUCAGACUAAAAACAGAGGGGAGUAUAUCAUAAAUUGAAGCAAGUAUACUUAGGUUUCCUUGUAAACCAUCCCUAGAGUACUUCUUUUUUAACCAGCAAAAGAAGGAGGUUUAGUCACAGGCUGGACAAAAACAGUAUUGCGCAAAAUCUGCCACAUCAAUCAGGCUUUAACCUUGAAAACAAAAACAAGAAGAAAUGGAACCCAUGCAGAGACAAACACCUGAAGCAAAUCUGAGCAUUCACUCUUGUUUGAACAGUGACUAGAUAAGAUAGCUCAAAGUUAUCAGCACAAGAUGAAUUCCCAGAGGAAGCUCCAGGAGGGGUUUCAUCAAUGCGGUAGGAGGGAGAAAAUCAAUCCUUCAAACCACAUCCAGUGACAAAUAACCAGCUAAAACUGAAGCCCAAUCAGUUGUUGCCUCUGAAGCUUUCUUCAAUCAAAAAAGAAAAAAAAAAGAAAAGAAGGACUAAAAAAAAAUAUGCAAAGGAUCUUUGUUCCUGCAAGAGGAUAAAAUGCACCAAGUAAACACUAUAAGACUUUGUAAACAUAAUCAUAAUCAUGCGGGCUAGAAUGAAAACAUACUUUUUCCUGUUGUGGGUCCAGCUCUUGUAAUCUUCUCCUCUGAAAUCAGAUCAGAUUUGGGUGCUUUUCUCAUAAUCAUCCUUUCAUUCUCACAUAAAUAUGUGAAUGGAUAAGUAUUAAGGGAAGCAUUGUCUUAUAUGUGCAUUCCUUCACACAGCAGCUGUCUAUCCAUGACGAAGGUUACUUCAAUAUCAGCCUUUAUAGGCAGUCAGCAAAGUUUCCCUUCAACGUAUGUAUGUCUGGAGAGACCAACAAAAAAAGGUACAAACUUCAAUAGAGUCUGGUGACUUCCUUUUUACUUUGCAUUACAUAUGCACAUAUAGACGGGUAUUUUCCCCUGCAUUCCAUCCAUAUCAGAGCCUCAGUGUGUCCUCUCCAUACACUGACUCACUGCCCUUUCCUUCAUGUCUCUUAAGGAUUUCUUAGACAGGCUUCAAGAAAGAUUUUCAUAAAUGUCCUCUUUUUGCAAAUCCUCCACAUCCCCCUCUGCAUGCGCUGAGAGCUAUCUCUAUCUUAACAGUAAAGGUCAUUGGAGGAGACUGAGGGAUAUGGAAAGGCUAAGCUGUGUGCAUGGCAGAGUGUUUAACAACUAUCUAGAAAUCAAUAAUAGAAGGUUUGAUAAUGACUGUGUCAAAUCACAGUCAGAGACCAACCCAAGUGUGGCAAAGCUUCAAGCUCUUGUCAGAGAGGGUUUUUUUUUUCAGAGGCUGCACAAAGUGAACAUCUGGAGUUUUGAAGUUCUAGAUUAUUGAGAAAUAUUCUGCAUUUUACUCACGUCUUAGGAGUUUCUAUGCGUGUGGAAAUGAGAUUGCACAUGUGAUGCUGAUGUACAGUGCUUUGCCUCUGUUCAGCGUCAAACUAAGGGAGACCAAAAUACACUUUAUAAAGUGCCACUUUUUUUUUUCUCAGACAUUAAUCCUGUGACACAUUGAUUGCAAGGGAUGAGAAUCAAGAAACGGUUCUUGUUGAGAACCGAUUCCAAAUGAUUCAACCCAUCGACAUCGUUUAAAUUUUAUCUUAAUGAUUCCUUUC